AUGGCUUCUCUUCAUGACACUCCAACAUCUUCAGCUCCCAUACCCCACUUCUUCAAGAUCAUUCUAGAUGACACUUCUAAAAACAUCAGAAUUAAAAUUCCAAUGAAGUUUGUGAUGAAAUAUGGAGAACAUUUAUCAAGUCCAGUACAUCUUAAACUUCCAAAUGGUGCAGAAUGGGAAAUAGAACUCAGAAGAUGCAAUAAUGGUGGGGUUUGGUUUGACAAGGGUUGGCCGGAGUUCUCCAAGUUUUGCUCUCUUGACUACGGUAAUUGGCUAGUCUUUGGAUACGAAGGGAACUCAAACUUCCAUGUUUUAAUAUUUGAUAGAACAUCUACUGAGGUUGAAUAUGCCAUAACAAAGCCCGAAAUGGAAGAAACUGAUUAUGAAGAAGAAGAUGAUAACUCUAUAGAAAUCUUGGAUGGUUUUCCACCCUGCCCAAGAAAAGCAAGGGAGAAAUCUCCAUUGCCAUGUCCUCAGCCGCACAAGAAAAUGAGAACAUGUGGUAAAGCAGAAUGCAACAUGAACUUUAGACCAACAAAGACUCAAACUUCACUGAGAAACAAAGCCUCAGAUUGCUCAAGAUCAGAAAUGAAAAAGGAAGAUGAAUCAGACCCAUCAGAGGUCAAAGAUGGUGUUGGGAGCAUGCAUGCAUCAACUACAAGUGGCAAAGCUAUAGCUCUUCAGAGAGCUAUUGCUUUUGAAUCUGUAUGCCCUUCUUUUACUGUUGUCAUGCAGCCAUCGUACAUCUCAUACGGUCCCUUGACUGUGCCAGCAGGGUUUGCCAAGAGACAUCUUAUGAAGCAGCCUGCUAAUGCCAUCCUUAAGGUUUCGGACGGAGGAACUUGGUCUGUUAAGUUCUCAUAUCCAAAACCGAAAGUCCGAUUCCUGCAAGGUUGGAGGGUAUUUGUAAGGGACAAUAAUUUGAAACUCGGGGAUGUUUGUGUCUUUAUCUUGAUUAAGGACAUUAAACUCUCAUUUGAAGUUGUCUUUUUCCGAGCUACUGAAGCUGCGAAUUGCUCCUUGCCUUCAGGAGAAGAUGAUCUGCCCACAAAGAAAGAUUUUGGAGGCUCAUCUAGCAGUCAAAUAUUCCUAAAACGAACACCUGAUGUUCUUGGGAGGAUGCAUCCAUUGACUAAAAGUGAAAAAGCUCUGGCUCUUCAGAGAGCUAAUGCUUUCAAAUCCGAAAAUCCUUAUUGCUUGGUUGCCAUUCAACCUUCUUAUAUCCUAAAACAUUACCUGCAUUUCCCCCGUCCGUUUGCAAUGCAACAUCUCGUCAAGCAGUCUGCUGGUAACAUCAUCCUUAAGAUUUUAGAUGGAAGAACUUGGCCUGUUGAAUUCAAAUAUCAAAAUUCAAGGGCUCGAUUCCAGCAUGGUUGGUCUGCGUUUGCAAGGGACAAUAAUUUGAAGGUCGGUGAUGUGUGUGUUUUUGUAUUGAUUGACCGCAAUGAACAUUUAUUUGAAGUUGUCUUUUACCGCACCAACGAAGCCGAAGAUUGCUCCUUGUCACCAGGCCUUGGCGGAGGAGCAAUUGAUCAAGUUGAGAAAAGGAGAAGCCCCAUAAAUAAAGUUGAAACUGGUCGCACCACAGUUUGUGAAAAUGGCAGGUACAAAGGGUUGAAGACUGAUGGGCAGAUUACGCAAAGGCCUUUAAAUUCAUCUUCAAGGGCUCUUGGAACUGCCAACAGGUUCAUCCCAAAGAAUCCAUCCUUUACAGCCACUGUAGGGUCAACAUAUCAGCCAUUGCAUGUACCAGUUAGGUUUGCCCGGAGUUUCGUCAAACGGAGGAAGCAAACUGUGACUCUUCAGGUUAGAGAGAGAUCGUGGCCUGUGAAUUUGAUUGGUUGGACUAAUGAAUCAUCAGCUAAACUUUCUGGUGGCUGGUCUGCAUUUGCGACGGAAAAUUGUUUGAGGGAAGGAGAUGUUUGUACGUUUGAGCUCAUCGAGAGAAACGACAUUGUACUGAAAGUUCACAUUUUCAGACAUUGAUUAGGCAAAGUUAUGUCAUUUAAAGAGGGAUGCAAAGAGCUCAGUUAUCACAUUUUGCUAUGUAAAUGGACCACUAUUUGCUGUAGUUAAAGAGGAUCUCCGGAUACUAGUUGGGAGUCACUUUGUAGUUAAAUAUUUCUGAUGUUGUACAAUCCUGGAUUUAUUG